AUGGUUGCAGCUUCCGACUCCUCACCAGUUGGUGGCGUCCGUAAAGCGCUCCCUGCUCCUGCUGCACGUGCAUGUGUUGGAUCUAAUAUUCGUGAACGUCUUCAAACAGCAGGGAGAAUGGAAGCCAAACCCAAAAAGAGCAUUUCUUCCAAGGCUGGAAAGGCUCCUGCUCUCAAAGGAAAAGAUUCCCUCAGAACAAAGAUGAGUGUCUCAGCUGGAGUAAAAAGGCCCUUUAAAAAACCCUUCAAGAACACAGAGGCCCUUGGGAAAAGAGGAGAGAAGCGCCCUGCACACAAGUUCUCCAAACAUGACAAAGGAGUGAAGAGGAGGAAGGACGCUGAUGGAGGAGAUGGGGGUCCGGUGUCUAAAAAGUGGAAAAGUGCUAAAUUGGAGCCGAAAAAACGCUUGUCGAAAGAGGAGCUGAAGGCCACACGGCAGCAGAGGAAGAAGGACGUGAAGAAGAACAGACAGCAGGCUGAGAGGAAGGACAUGUUCGACAUUAUCUGCCAGAGCAAACAGAUCUGGGGUCAGCUGCGCAGGAAAAAAGUGGACGAGCCGACAAAGAAAAAACUAAUGAAAGAGCUUCACAAGCUGAUCCGGGGAAAAUGCCAACAGAUGGCCUAUGCUCACGACUCUGUUCGCGUCCUGCAGUGCUUCAUUCAGUUUGGUAACCACGAGCAGCGGAAGGAUGUCUUUGAAGAGCUCAAAGAGGACAUGGUAGCUCUGUGUAAGUCCCAGUACGGUCGGCACGUAGUGAAGAAGCUGCUCAUGUAUGGGAACAAGGAGGUGGUGGCGUCUGUGAUACAGUCACUCAAAGGUCACGUGAAGAACAUGCUGCGACAUGCUGCUGCCUCCUCUAUCAUUGAGUACGCCUACAACGACAAGGCCGUGCUGUCCCAGAGGCUCAUGCUGACGGAGGAGCUGUAUGGGAACACCUUCACUUUAUGUCGGUCCUCAGUCUGCAACACCAUCGACAAAGUGCUGGAGGCCAAUGUAGCCAAAGUGGACAGCAUCCUGGAUGAGAUGAAGAAGAUCCUCACGCCUAUGGCCCAGAAGGAGCAGGUAAUCAAGCAUUCACUGGUCCACAAAGUGUUCUUGGACUUUUUCCAGUUUGCUCCUGAAAAGCAGCGGACGGAAAUGAUCGAGUCCAUCCGCGAGGCUGUGGUCUACAUGGCCCACACUCAUGACGGAGCACGCGUCGCCAUGAGCUGUGUUUGGCACGGUACGGCAAAGGACAGGAAAGUCAUCAUUAAAACCAUGAAGACCUACAUGGUGAAGUUUGCCACGGGGGAGUUUGCUCACCUGCUCCUGCUCUCCAUCUUUGACUGUGUGGACGACACCAAACUGGUCAAACAAGCAGUGCUGUCGGAGCUUCUGGCUUCACUAAAUGACGUCCUGGGGAACAAAUACGGCAAGAAGGUGAUGGCCUAUCUGCUGAACCCACGUGAUCCGGCCCACCUGCUGCCCGAGACCAUCCAACUACUGCAGAAGGGGGACGGCAACCAGCACAGUAAAAAGGAGGCGAGUGUCCGGAGGCGCGAGUUGCUUGAGGCAGUGUCCCCAGCCCUUCUGCAGCACCUGUGUGAGAAUGCCUUUGCCAUGGCAACAGACAAAUCCAGCUGUGUGACAGUCAGCGACAUCCUGGCAUCUGCCUGUGGAGACCUGCAGCCUGCCAUGACCGCUGUAGCCCAGCUCGCCAACCAGAAGCUGCAGCCAGGAGGAACCAAGGGAGUGCUGCACCUGGCGGAGCACCCAGCCGGACACCUGCUGCUCAAGUGGCUUUUGGAGCAGGACCUGACGCUGGCUGAGGCGGGGAAGCCAGAGCGCUUCAGUCGGAUCCUGGUGGACACCGUGGGGACAGACAGGCUGUGCACGUGGGCCAGAGUCAACCGUGGAGCCAUGGUGCUGAGCGGCCUGUUGAGCAGCUGUGAGCAGUCGGUGGUGGAGGAGGUGAAGGCAGCCCUUGUGCUUCUCAGGCCUGAGCUGCAGCGGAGCACUGAAACUAACCAGGGAGCACAGAUCCUGCUGCAGAAGCUCAGCUAG